AUGUUCGCGCUGGAGCAGUUCGAGGCGCCGAGCGGCGGCCGGGGCGGCGGGGCGGGCGAGCGCGGCAACGGCGGCGGGGGGGGCUUCGGGGCGGGCGGGGGCUGCCACUUCAAGGCGUCGCCCUUCGCCGGCGGCGAGGCGGGGCUGGGCGAGCCGUCGCCGGCGGCGCUGCUGGCCAUGAACCUGAGCCUGGCGGGCGAGGCGGCCUACGGCUUCCCCGGGGCGCGCGGGGGCCCCGGCGACCUGCCCCACGCCCAGCCCCAGCCCGCGCACGCCUUCUUCGGCAGCCAGCCCUCCCCGCACGCCGCGCCCCCCCAGCCCGCCGCGGCCCACUUCGGGGGCGGCUUCGGGCCGGAGCCCAGCGCCUCGUGCCUGCACGGCGGCCGCCUCCUCGGCUACCCGGGCGCCCAGCAGGCCUUCGCCGCCGACGGCUACGAGCAGCAGCAGCAGCAGCAGCAGCACCUGGCCGACGGGGCGGCGGGCGGCGAGGGCUUCGGGGCGCAGCGGGCCGGCCCCCUCCCGGACUUCCAGGCGCCGCCGCCGCCGCACCACCACCCCCCCGGCGUGCCGGCCCCCUGCCUGCCCCUGGACCAGUCGCCCAACCGCGCCGCCUCUUUCCACGGCCUGCCCGGCGCCGCCGCCGCCGCCUCGGAGCCGCCCGGCCUGGACGCGCACAGGCGCCUCCCCGCCCACGGCGCCGCCGCCCUCGAGGCCCUGGACUACAGCUACGCCGCCGCCGCCGAGAGCCACUUCGACUUGCCCCCCGGCUUCUCCCCCGCCGAGGCCGACGGGCAGCUGCCCCACUACGCGGCCGGCAGGCAGCAGGGGCCCGGCGCGGGCGGCUUCUCCGCGCCCGCCUCGGCCUUGCCCCGAGCGCCCGCGGGGAUGGGCGCCAUGCCCAAGGCCCCCCCGCCGCCGCCGCCCGGGGUCUUCUUCGAGAGGUUCGCGGGCGCCCGCAAGAUGCCGCUGAGCCUGGAGCCGGGCCUGGGGGCCAGGCACCCCCUCCUGCACCACCAGCACCCGCCGCACCCGCCGCCGCCGCCGCCGGGCCUCCUGGCCAGGCAGAACUCGUGCCCGCCCGCCCUGCCCCGGCAGCCGCAGCCGCAGCAGCCGUGCCCCGAGGGCAGCGCCGCCCACCCGGCUCUGCAAGACGACGGCGGCGGCGGCGCCCUCCUCCCGGCCCAGCACGCCCCCUUCGAGUACCCCAUCCACCGGCUGGAGAACAGGAGCCUGCAGCACCCCUACGGCGGAGGCGGCGGCCCGGGGGAGCCCGGCUACAACGUGCACCACCACCCGCCGCCCCCGCCCCCGGGCUCGCAGCGCCUGCAGCACUUCGACGCGCCCCCCUACCUGCCCGCCGUGGCCAAGAGGCCCCGCUUCGACUCGUGGGGCGGCGGCGGCGGCGGCCUGGACAGCCACCUCUCGCCCUCCUACUCGGCCCUGCCGCCGGGAGACUUCCCGCCGCCCGCGCCCGACGCCUUCCCGCCGCCGGCCCCGCAGGGCCCCCCGCUCCAGCCGCCGCCCAGCGCCGACCACCACGCCGCCCUCCAGCAGCAGCAGCAGCAGCAGCAGCAGCAGCAUCAGCAGCGCCACCACGCCGCCCUGCUCAUGAAGCACAUGGCCGCCUCGCGCCACCCGCCGCCGCCGCGCCUCCGCCAGGCCGGCCUGCAGCAGCUGGGGGGCCCCCCGCCCCACGGCCACCCCCACGCCGAGCCCGCCUUCGAGGCGCAGGAGGGCGCCUGGUUCCCCGCGGCGGCGGCGGCGGGGGACCUGCUCUUCCGGCCGGGGGGCGGCGGCCUGGCGGGCCUGCAGGAGCCCCCGACGCUGCGGCUGCCCCCGACGGCCGACGGCCCCGCGCCCUCCCCCGCCGGCCUGCACGGCCCGUUCGGCCUGAGCCCGCCCGCCGAGCGCCGGCCCGGCCCGGACUUCGCCGCCCCGCAGCCGCAGCAGCCGCCGCAGCCGCCGCAGCAGCACGCCUUCCCCUUCGCCGGCGCCCCCGGCCGCCAGGCGCCCCCGCACGGCGCCUCGCCCGCCCCCUACGGCCCCCCGACGGACUUCCACAGCGCCGCCCCGCCGCCCCGGCCCCCGCCGCCCAGCAGCAAGCUGGGCGCCCUGUCGCUGGCCUCCUUCCCCAAGGCGGGCGGCGGCGGCGGCGGCGUCGGGGGGCCGGGCGGGGGCCCCAAGGAGGGCGGCGUCGGGGGGGGCCUCUUCGGGCAGAGCUGCCUGGCCGCCCUGUCCACCGCCUGCCAGAACAUGAUCGCCAGCCUGGGCGCCCCCAACCUCAACGUCACCUUCGCCAAGAAGGGCCCGACGGCGGCGGGGGCGGCGGGCGGCGGCGGCGGCGGGGCGGGCGGCGGGGAGGGCGCCAAGCGCAGCAAGCUCGGCCCCGCCGAGCCCCCCGAGGCGGCCGCCCCCGGGCCCCCGCCGCCUCCCCCCGGGCCCCCGCCCGCCGACAGCGGCUUGUCGCCCAACUACUCCCCCGGACCGGCGCCCGGCGACGCCAAGGCGGGCGGCGGGCGCGGCAGGGGCCGUCGGAAACGGGACAGCGGCCACGUCAGCCCGGCCGGCGGCGGCGGCGGCGGCGGCUUCUUCGACAAGUACGGCCCGUCGGGCGGCGCGGAGGGCAGCAGCCCCGGGCAGGCGGCGGAGCGAGGCGGCCCGGGGGGCGGCGGCGGCGGCGCCCCCCACCUCCACGAGCCGCACAAGGCCCUCAGCACCCCGCCCGCCCCCGCCGCCCCUUGGGCCAAGGGGGCCGCCGCAGACCUCCUGUUGCCCCCGGCCGGGGCGGCGGCGGCCGAGCAGCACGAGCUGCUGCCUGCCUUGGAGAAGGCCGAGGCCGGCUCGCCCCGCGGAGACUUCCCCGACGAGGCGGGCGCCGACGACCGGGUGUCCUCCAGCUCCGACACGCCGCUGGCCAGAGGCCCGCCCAGCCGCAGCCCGCUGCUCCACGGACAGAAGGGCGGCCUGGCCCCGCUCGGCCUGCACGCCGCCUCGACCUCCAGCCCCCCCGACGGCUACGGCGGCGGGGCCCCCCCCAGCAGCGGCGCGCCGGCCCACGACGAGAUCCACCCGCUGGAGAUCCUGCAGGCCCAGAUCCAGCUGCAGCGCCAGCAGUUCAGCAUCUCCGACGACCAGCCGCUCGCCCUCCAGAGCGCCAAGCAGCAGCAGCAGCAGCAGCAGCAGCCCCCCGACGGCGGCGGCCAGGACGGCGACGAGCUGAGCAGCUGCUGCGCGGCGGCCGAGGGCAGCAAGGCCUCCGCUUCCUCCUCCUCCUCCUCCUCCUCCUCCGUCAGCACCAUCGACCUGGACUCGCUCAUGGCCGAGCACUCUGCCGCCUGGUACCUGCCCGCCGACAAGGCCCUUCUCGACGGGCACGAGGAGGACAAGGCCCUGGCGCCCUGGGAGAAGGCCAAGCCCCCCAUGCCCAGCAAAGAAGCCCUCGACCUCCCUUCCGCCAAGACCUCAGCCGCGGCACAGACUGGCAGCCACCUGCAGUGUCUUUCUGUCCACUGCACGGAGGACAUGGGCGAGGCGAAGGGGCGGACUGCGGUGCCCACCUGGCGAUCCCUCCACUCGGACAUCUCCAACAGAUUUGGAACUUUUGUCGCUGCCCUGACUUGA